AAAUAAUUUGGCAUAAUGGAUGCAAACAUGCUCGUGUGGUAAAGUCAGAAAGUGAAAAGCGAUCUCUUCACUUCAUCUCGAGUGCUCAUAGAUAUCCCAUGUCUACCUACCUACCUAAAGACUGCAUUAUAAAAUUAAAAGAGAUACCACUGGAGAUUGUCCGGGUGGUCUGGUCGUGUGGAAGCAUACAUAGUUUACAUAGUAUCAGUGCGCUUGUGGAAAAUCUAUUUCCGUCCCGGAACACAAAGUCAUCGUCUUCAUACAAGCACAAGCCAAGCUUCAAUGCUUCUUCCUUCCUUUCUCCGAGAAAUGCUGAAACGAGACACGGAGGAAACGCUGCUUCAGGGAACAUUAAUCCUUCACUUUACCAGGCAGUGACACUGAUCGGAAGAUCAUCGUCUUCCUCUUCCUUCCUGCUAUUCAUCCACACUUGUUACUACUGUAACAGUAGUACUGUUACAAUAAAAUAUUCUUUCAUUUACUCUCAACUUCAAAAUGGGAGACCUCAAGUCCCUAAGCUACGUGCGGAACUAUCGGUGCGAAGAUGUCAAAUUACGCCAAAAAUCAUAUUUACGUACCCCGAGCGAUAGUGUUCUCACUUUGCGCAGUAGUUCAUCAGCUUUCAGUGGCAACCACACCCACCUCUCGUAUCAGCAACCUCAACAACAACACCACCACCACCUCUCCUACAUUGCCAUGGUUGGGCUUCGCGUGGGUGGAUUCAGGGCGACGAGUCACGUUGAUAUUUCCUCCUCUGUGUCACUCCUUCCCCACCAUUCAGGGGGACGAGGGGGAUUGUCCUUGGCUCGCUACUACCCAUCCUCGUCCAAGGCGACGGCAAGGUGCAACAGUGCCGACCCUGACCUCACCAGGGGGAGAUGUUCCUCGUACGCAUAUAGAGCUCUGACAUCCUCAUACUCGCAACCAAGACAAAGUCCCAUCCAUUCGCAAACCCCCAGUUUGAGUAAUAGUCGAAGUGCGUCUGCUGACCGCCAGUUUAAUAGUGGUACAGCUGCUGCUGGUGGGUGGGGAAAACUUGGUGGAGGAGACAACAAGAUCACCACCCUUCUGCCGCCCUCCUACAACGGUACUGGUUGUUUCAGUGUGACAGAAUUGGCAAAGAAUGUGUCCUCUUACAAUUGGGAGCGUGAAGACGACAGCGGUCUGCAGAGGGAUUACAAUUCAUCCUCCAGUCGGCCAUCGAGCUGUGCCACUGACACCGAUUCGACCUUGUUGGGGGAGACGGGGAACAUACUGCCCACAACAACAAUCGCGACCAGCAACAAUAAUGUGGCAGUAGCUUCAGAUUUGGAAAAUUUUGUCUCCUUUUCUCAGCAACACAAUAGUCACAAAGAACUAUUGAUGGAGUGCAAGCGAAAAAGAGCUCGGAGGUCCAUUUACGACCGAACAUGUCAAAACUUUGGGUUUACGUCGACCCUUACGUCAGAGGAGGAAGGGACGCUGGCUCGGGCGGAAGCGAGAUUGGCUGCGAGGCGACAGGCGCGAGCCGAGGCCCGUGAGAUCAGGAUGAAAGAGCUAGAGAAGCAGCAGAAGGAGUCCGACGACUCUGCGGAUCGUCACUAUGACAUGUACGCGCCUGGAAAUGGUGUAGCUGUGCCGAAUUCCGGAGUUGGUGACGUAGUUAAUCGGGCCGCCUUCCGUGUUGCGCUUGGGCAUCAAAGAAGCUCUACGCAUUCUGUUGGGUCUGCAAGUUAUCACUCAAGCCGAAGAAGCUCGGAGGAUUCAUCAGAAGACGGAGUUAUUAACAUGCGUGAACUUAGACAUGAUUUGAAAGAGUUGGAGGAGAAGUUCCGAAAGUCGAUGGUGCAAAAUGCUCAACUAGAUAAUUCAAAAUCCUCUCUUACCUACGAAGUGGAGCUGUUAAAGGAUAAAAUAGAGGACUUGGAAGAAUCUCUAACUCUUUUACAACGCGAGCACAAAGACAAGUGUCGCGACUUUGAAAAUCUGAAACGAUUGUCUACCCAGAUCAAGGAGGAGCUCGAGUAUUACAAGUCUCUAUUACACGAAAGGGACGAACUUAUAAAGGAAUAUGGUCUAGUCCUGGUGGAGAAUGAAGUGGAAGUUGAUGUAGGAAAUGGUGGAAAGGAAAUCAGGAUAAAACGAACGCUUGUAUCACACGCAACGGCUGAUGUAUUGUCAAAGCUAGGACAAGGUUCUUUGGAUGUGAGAUUAAAUAAAGUCAUUGAAGAGAAGAACGAGCUUCAAGAUGAAAUUACAAGGCUAAAGUUAGAGUUGGAAGAGGAACGAAGUAGUAAAACAAUGCGAGGAGGAGGUGGGACCGGACUUAAUAAUAAUCUGUCCAAUCAUUUCGAUGAUGGAGAAAACGAAACUGAAAUCAGCAAACAGAUAGCAGAAUAUAGGUUUAAGACUCAAAAAUACGAACAAGAAAUUGCAGCGUUGCUGGCCAACGUGGGGAGACUGGAUACCCAAGUGCAAAGAUAUAAGACAUCAUCUGAAGAAGCCGAACUACGAGAAGAUGAUUUGAAAGUAGAAAGGCGUAAAUUACAGAGAGAAUUACGCGAGGCUCAAUCAAAACUCGACGAGUUGGAAACGACAAACUCACAUCUACAAAAACGACUGGAUAAAUUGAAGACAGCCAAAUCUACCUUGUUAAAAGAACUUUAGCACAAGAAUAAGGUACUUGGAUGAACCCGAGUAUAAUUUUUUGUUAUCCCUUGGAUUCUUUGAUUUUUGGAUUCUUUCAAUUUUGGUGGCCUAUAAUCCAGAUCGAUCAUGUUAUAAUAAUGCAUGAGAACAAUAAGUUUUGUCCAAACAUGAUUGGAUUUUGUUGCCGUGUUUGCGCUAUUUGAUGAAUGAGUUUUGCUUUUACUACUCCCCGUGAUAUUUGAAAAAUAGUUUUGUCUCGCAUUUAUCGAAAAAGUGAAGAGUUUCCGGUUCUGAUUUCUUCAAUACAAAGGUGCUGACAAUAUAUGACAUGAGUGCGUGCAUCGAUUUUUGUUCAACCAACCAACCCUAAUUCAGUUAUUAUUAUUAUCUAUUGCAUAUUAUGGACUUAUCAUUUUGUGAGACAGGUGUUAAUUUCGUGCCAUAUACUUAUUCAAUAUAUUACGUUUACGCUACUAAUAUUUUUAAAAUUUUGACAUGCAAGAUAGAUUGAUUUAAAUCAUUUCGUCAUAUUAUAAACUAAUGCUUUGUUCAACCAGACUUAUUUAUUUGUGUUCUCAUUCUCAUUAUUAUUGAUGUUUUAUGCUUUCCUCAAAUUAGUAGUGUUAUUAAUACCUGAAUCAGUAUCAUCAUGUCAGACUAUGCUAAUUACGAAGAAUGAGUGACGCUCGGUCGGUCAUAAUUCAUAACCAAUAUACUACCAAACCAAACCAAUAAUACCACCUUGAAUGCGACUAAAGAAAAAUUCAAACUACCACUAUUGCUACUGCUACUAUGUAAAUCCAUAAUUGCAAGAAAUUAUUUAUCAAGAAGGGUUCUGUUCCACUUGUUCCACUAAAUACCAACUAAUACCAUAAUUGCAAUAACACUUUUACAAUAUAUGCGAGUCUGGUUAGACGAUAGAGCAAUAAUAAAUAAAACUAUCAUUAGCGCUUAAAUGCGAUAUUUAAUGUAUGUCAGUUUUGCAGAGAAACAGAAACGGCUCGGUUUUUACGGAUUUUAUAUGGCGACAUUGAAAUGACUGACAAUUGCUAAAUUAAUUGAUGUAACAGUGAUAGUUGUAAAAGGAAGUAAGUAAAAAUGUGUCCAAUAGUCCAGCAUGCUUGGUUAAAAUUUUAUUCCUCAUUGUUCCACGUGUUUAUCAUGGAUACCCAUUCGUAAAUAUUAUAAUGAGAAGAAACUGACUGUGUAGUUGACAGCACACAUUAUUAAUAAACUCAAGUCAUUUUUA